AUGGAAGCUUAUUUUUCAAAAAGAGAAAAUUUACCAAUACCAUUUCCAGCUUUACAAAGUGAAUUGGGUCAAAUGAUUGAAAACUCAAGUAAUAAAGGAUAUGUUAGUAGUAGAGGUGGAAAUAAUGAAGAUAAAAGAAAAAAACAUGAGCAAAAAAAGAAAGAGGCUGCUUCAGCACCAGAAAUGAAAGCAACACGUGAUAGGUUUAUGGAAACAAUGAACGAACCAAAUAGUUUUAGAAAUUUUCAAUCGUUUAUGCAAAAUACACUCAGUACAGAAUAUUUAAACUUUUUUAUGGAAAUUGACAGAUAUAAAAACAUUGAUGAUGGAACAAAGCUAAAGUUCACCUUUGAUGAAAUAUGGAGAAGAUUUUUCGACCCAGAUUCAAAUACUCCUUUAUAUAUAGAGUCAUCUUUACGACGUGUUGUAGAAUCACAAAGAUCAAAUCCAACCCACGAUUCAUUUAACGAAGUGUAUGAUGUUUUAUUACAUGAUAUAGUUUGUGACUCUUUUAAAAAUUAUUUAACUUCACCUUUCAAUCCAGAUUGGAGAUUAGAAAUGAAUAAAAAAAUGAAAACUGUAAAUACUAAUAAUAAUAAUAAUAAUAAUAAUAGCAAUAAUAUUGCAAGUACAAGUAAUAUAGCAAGUACAGGUAAUAAUAAUAAUACCAACACCAACACCAAUAAUAAUAAUAAAGAUAGUAAAGAACAUAAUCAUAACAACCAUCAUCACCAAAAUAGAGAAAGAUUUGAUAAUUAUAAUAAAGAGAGAAGGGAAAGAGAAAGAGAAAAAGAAAAAGAAAAAGAAAGGGAAAGAGAAAAAGAGAAAUUAUAUGAUUUAGAAAAUAAUCUUAGUAAUCACAGUAAUAGUAGUAGUGGAAGUGGAAGGGAUAAUAUUGAUAAUGUAAAGAGCCCAACCACUUUUAACAAUAUUUUACAAUCACCACAAACAGUUUCAAAAGUACAUGAAAUUUAUUACAAAGAUUCAACAAAUUCUUUAGCCAUCUCAAUUACACUCGAUAAUGAAGAGGAGCCAUCAAUAUUUCAUCUAGACUCUAGUGAUAUGGAAAGUUUGAUUGAAGAGGUUGUUAAAGAUAAUAUUACAGUUCAUACUGAAAUCAACUAUAAUGAAGUUUCGCUACAUAAAUGGAUUGCUUCAGGUGCAUCUGGUAAAGUUUACAAUGGUCAAUAUAAAGGUAAAGAUGUAGCAAUUAAAGUUUUAGGACCUGAGGUUUGUGUUCAUUUCGAUUUAAACGAGUUUAAACGAGAGGUUGCGUUAAUGUCAAUUUUUAAACAUGACAAUUUGGUUAGAUGUUUAGGAGCUGGUUCUUAUGGUGACAAUUAUUUCCACAUCACAGAUUAUUGCCAUAAUGGAACUUUAUCAAAUCAUUUAAAAGAUCCAAAGAAUCACAUCAGCAACAGUUUAAAAUUACAUUUUGCUUUGGGUAUUGCAAAAGGAAUGAGAUACCUACAUUCAAUGUCGAUCAUUCAUAGAGAUUUAAAGACAAUGAAUAUUCUCUUAACCAAAAGAUUAAAGAUUAAAAUUGUAGAUUUUGGAACUUCAAGAGUUGCAAAUAAAAAUAUGACAUCACAUGUUGGUACUCAAGCUUGGAUGGCACCAGAAAUAUUUACAUCUAAAAGUUAUACCCAAAAGGUGGAUGUAUACUCUUAUGCAAUAGUUUUAUUAGAAAUAUUUACAAGAAAAUCAGCAUAUGAUGAUAAUUCAAAUAUUCCAUUUUUAGUUUGCAAAGGUGAAAGACCCGAAAUUCCUAAAGAUAUACCAACUCCAAUUUCAAAUUUAAUUAAAAAAUGUUGGAGCCAAAAACCAUCUCAUAGACCUUCUUUCAUUAAAAUUGCAGCAUAUUUAGAAAGCAUUAUAUAUCCAUCAAUUUCUAAUAGUUUAGGCUUAGUAGCUUCAACAUCAUUCUCUUCUUCAGCAUUGUGGUCUGGUAAAAUUUUAGCAACCCCAUCAUCAAAAUAA